AUUUAACGGUGCAACCUGUUCAUCAUCAAUUUUGGGAACCAACGAUAUACCAACUCUAAAAGUUGACCUACCGGACUAUGUGAACUGAGGGAUGGUGUCGGAUGUUCCUUUCUGAGGCACCUUAUUGGUCGAAGCCUCCAAGGCAUGGACACUGGACUUCCCAGAGAACUCUCUCCAUCAACGUGAUCAGCGACGGUAUCACAAGACUGCCAGUAUUAGAAGGAGAAGUAAGCCAUAUAGAGAUUCCACGAUUUUCUCCAAGUCUAGGCAUCACCAUAGUAGGAGGCUCGGACACCGCUCUUAGGUGUAUAGUCGUCCAGGAGGUUUUCCCAGAUGGUCUGGUGGCUCAAGAUGGGCGUCUCAAGCCUGGAGAUCAGCUGGUUGAGAUCAAUGGAGUUGACAUGAGCACAAUCUCCCAUCAUCAGGCAAUACAAUAUCAAUAGACUGACGAAACUUGGUCUUUCGAAAUAUGAUUACGUCGUUGG